GCCACACACAGAGAGUGAGAGUGAGAGUGAGAGUGAGAGAGCUCGAGAGAGGAGUGGUAAUGGUGAGGCACCAACAGUAGCAGCAGUAGCAUCGUUAGGAUAGUGUAGGUUAGGCUUGCAUCUGCAUCGAAACCUCGAUCACCAUUGCCAUUGCAUUCGCAUUCGCAUUGCAUCGUAGGAUGGUGUUCUGCUAGGGUUCUUGAAAGGUAGUUUUUUCUUGUUUUUUUGAGGGGUUUUAACAGAUGGAGGUGUUGGGGUUCGCCGCCUGCCGCUCGCCUGUUUUCGCCGUCGUCGAUGAGGAGGCCGCGCGGGCGAUGCCCCGGCAUGUCCGAUCGUUCUAGGCUGUGAUUUGUUGCUACAUGUUUUAGGACCUUUUGUUCUUGAUCCCAUUCUUUGAUUCUUUUGUACUAAACAUUUCGUUUCUGCUACAACCCAAAGGCGAAGCAACCAUUCUUUCUUGCAUAUAUUACUUAUAACGAACACAUAGCCAUCUCACAAACAUUCAAUUCUUCUUUCAAACUUUUUUUUAAUCUUUUUUGUUUGAUUCACUGACCAAAUUCUUUGGAAGAACACCAAGAUCCUCUGUUUUUAUCUGCUCAUUCUUUUGUACAUCGAAUCAUAUACAUUCCAUUGCACCAAAGCAUAAGCCUUAGCCAGAUACCACAGACAGAGAGAGCGAGUGAGAGAGAGACAGAUUGUGAGGAAGCCAGAGUGAGAAGCAGAGGAGGAAGACGACGACGACGAAGAAGACGAGGAGCAGCAGGAGGAGGAGGAGGACUCUUCUUGGCACGUCGUGUCCGGCGGUGAGGGUGUCUCCGGGAUGUUGGCGGGUUGCUCGUUCUCGUCGAGGCAUCAGAUGAGCACCGCGCAGCGUUUCGACAUCCUCCCAUGCGGCUUCUCCAAGCGGGGGAACCGCGGCGACGGCGCCGCCCCGCGCGUGGCCGGCGAUGCCAGGAGCGGCACCACGUGCUCCUUCCGGACGCACCCGGCGCCGCCGGUCACCCAGGCGGUGUCGUGGGGCGCCAAGCCGGAGCCCGGCGACAAUGGCGGCGGCGUCUGGGAGAGGAGCCGCGCCGUUAAGCGAUCGCAUGAUGACGACGCGGUUGAGGAGUAUGGCCCCAUUGUUCGCGCCAAGCGGACACGAAUGGGCGGCGACGGCGAUGAGGUAUGGUUCCAUCAAUCCAUUGCAGGGACGAUGCAAGCGACGGCAGCAGGAGAAGGAGAGGAGGCGGAGGAGGAGAAGGUGUUCUUGGUGCCGAGCGCCGCCGCGUUUCCCCAUGGCAUGGCCGCCGCGGGGCCAUCGCUGGCCGCGGCCAAGAAGGAGGAGUACAGCAAGUCGCCGUCCGACUCGUCGUCGUCGUCGUCGGGCACGGACGGCGGCUCGUCGGCGAUGCUGCCGCCGCCGCCGCCCGAGUUCGACGCGAGGAACGGCGUCCCGGCGCCGGGGCAGGCUGAGCAGGAGGCGCUUGAGCUGGUCCGCGCGCUCAUCGCGUGCGCCGACUCCAUCACCACCCGCAACCACGAGGCCGCCAACUACUACUUGGCCCGGCUCGGCGAGAUGGCUUCGCCGGCGGGGCCCACGCCGAUGCACCGCGUGGCCGCCUACUUCACCGAGGCGCUCGCGCUCCGCGUGGUGCACCAGUGGCCGCUCAUGUUCGACAUCAGCCCGCCGCGUGAUCUCACCGACGACGCCUUCGGCGGCGACGACGACGCCAUGGCUCUGCGGGUACUCAACGCCGUCACGCCCAUCCCGAGGUUCCUCCACUUCACGCUCAACGAGCGUCUCCUCCGCGCCUUCGAGGGGCACGAGCGCGUCCACGUCAUCGACUUCGACAUCAAGCAGGGGCUCCAAUGGCCGGGCUUGCUGCAGAGCCUCGCCACGAGGGCGGUCCCGCCGGCGCACGUGCGGAUCACCGGAGUCGGCGAGUCGAGGCAGGAGCUGCAGGAGACCGGUGCAAGGCUGGCGCGCGUCGCUGCCGCUCUCGGCCUGGCGUUCGAGUUCCACGCCGUGGUCGACCGCCUCGAGGACGUCCGCUUGUGGAUGCUCCACGUGAAGCGCGGCGAGUCCGUCGCCGUGAACUGCGUCCUCACCAUGCACCGCCUGCUCCGUGACGACUCCGGCGCCGCGCUGGCCGACUUCCUGGGGCUAGCGCGCAGCACCGGCGCCGCCAUCCUCCUCCUCGGCGAGCACGAGGGCGGCGGCCUCAACUCCGGGCGGUGGGAGGCCCGGUUCGCGCGCGCGCUGCGGUACUACGCCGCAGCGUUCGACGCGGUGGACGCGGCGGGGCUUCCCGACGCGAGCCCCGCGAGGGCCAGGGCGGAGGAGAUGUUCGCGCGGGAGAUCCGCAACGCGGUGGCGUUCGAGGGCACCGAGCGUUUCGAGCGGCACGAGAGCUUCGCGGGGUGGCGGCGGCUAAUGGAGGACGGCGGCGUGUUCAAGAACGCCGGCAUCGGCGACCGGGAGGCGAUGCAGGGCCGCAUGAUCGCGAGGAUGUUCGGCGGCCCCGACAAGUACAGCGUGCAGGCGCAGGGCGACGGCGAGGGGCUCACGCUCCGGUGGAUGGACCAGCCGCUCUACACCGUGACGGCGUGGACGCCGGCCGGCGACGGCGACGGCGACGGCGCAGGAGGCAGCACCGUGUCGGCGUCCACCACAGCGUCACAUUCUCAGCAAAGCUAGCUUGCUUGCUGCUGAACGGUGAAGAUUUAGGUGAAGAGAAAAGAAAGAAAAAAGCCUUUUUUACAGAGCUUCUUUUGUUAAUGAUGAUUAGUUCAUACAGUCUGACUAUUCUUUUAUACAUUCAGAUAAAAGGAAAAAAAGAAAGAUGAAAAAAGAAAGAUGUAGCUUUUUGUUUUGUAGAUUGAUAGGAGGACAAAUUCAAUUCAAUUCUUAGAUGUAAUUCUUUAUAUUCUUUUGGCUGUUGAGAACUCCCCUGCAAAUGUAGCUGCAUGUAGAAGAAGAAAGAAAGCAGAGUCUCUCACAGUCAGUAUUACUAUUUCCAGCUGUUAUUAUACAUCAUUAUUUACAUCAAAUUCUUUCAUCAUUCAUUCUAUAUAUGUAAUCUCAGUUCAGAAUCAGGAUGUAAUGGAAACACGUGUUUAUUUAA